AGCCAGCCAUGGCGUACUCCACAGUGCAGAGAGUGGCCCUGGCCUCGGGGCUCGUCCUGGCUGUGUCGUUGCUGCUGCCCAAGGCCUUCCUGUCUCGCGGAAAGCGGCAGGAGCCGUCGCCAGCUCCCGAAGGAAAAUUGGGCCGAUUUCCACCUGUAAUGCAUCAUCACCCGGCACCCUCAGAUGGCCCAACCCCUGGGGCUCGUUUCCAGAGGUCUCACCUUGCAGAGGCAUUUGCAAAAGCCAAAGGAUCAAGUGGAGGUACUGGAGGAAGUAGUGGAAGAGGCCUGAUGGGGCAGAUUAUUCCAAUCUAUGGCUUUGGGAUUUUUUUAUAUAUACUGUACAUUCUAUUUAAGCUCUCAAAGGGGAAAACUGCAGAGGAUCGGAAAUGCUCUAGUGUCACACCUGGAAACACCCACAGGAAAAUUACUAAUUUUGAGCUUGUUCAACUUCAAGAAAAACUGAAGGAGACAGAGGAAGCCAUGGAAAAAUUAAUCAACAGAGUGGGACCUAAUGGGGAGAGAGUACAGUCUGUGACUUCUGACCAAGAGAAACGAUUGCUGCAUCAGCUCCGAGAAAUUACCAGGGUCAUGAAAGAAGGAAAGUUUAUUGACAGACCCACCCCAGAGAAAGAAGCUGAGGAAGCCCCUUACAUGGAGGACUGGGAAGGUUAUCCAGAAGAAACUUAUCCAAUUUAUGACCUUUCAGACUGUAUCAAACGUAGACAAGAAACAAUCCUGGUGGAUUACCCUGAUCCAAAAGAGCCCUCUGCUGAAGAAAUAGCUGAAAGAAUGGAAGUGAUGGAAGAGGAAGAAUCAGACCACUUGGGUUGGGAAGGUCUGCCCACUGACCCAAGAGCCCAGGAGGAUAAUUCUGUUAUCUUGUGUGACCCAAAGCCAGAAACAUGCUCCUGCUGUUUUCAUGAAGAAGAUCCUGCUGUCUUGGCAGAGAAUGCUGGAUUCAGUGCAGAUAGCUACAGUGAGCAAGAGGAAGCCUCCAAAGAGGACUCUCCUGAAGACUUUAGAGAUGAAGGGUUGGGCGUCAAUGCUGAUAAAACAUUUACAAGUGGCGUGUUGAGGAAGCGUAACCCCCAGGGUUUAGAGUGAAAGCAGCCAGUUUGGUGAAGUAUCCAUUACUUUAGUCCCAAGGUGACCUUUCUCUUCUCUCUGAUUUCAUCCUUGGCCUCAUGCCCUGUACUUUCUUUUCUGUGUUCAGAUGUCAUAGCUAUCAGGCCACUACCAUGGAUAUCAUGUAUCCUUCCUGGUGCUUACACACCUGUCACCUUGUAAAACAUAGUCAUUAGUAUAAACACAGGAUAGCUUCACUCUUCCUCUUCCUGUUUUUCCCGCAUCAGGGAAGUUGAUCCAUGGAAUAAUUCUUUGGUCUACCAUAGUUACAUAUGAGACUAUCAAAAGGUCUGACUCUUCCUGCUAGGAGCAACAGGUUUACCUGUGAAUGAACUCGGUUACAGAUGAUAGGACUUAAAGUGGUAAAAGUGAAG